AUGUCUAUGUUUGAAGUGGAACAGAUCCAGCAGAAGGAAUUGAUUAGCAAGCUUAAUCUGCAAAUUGUAGAGCUUGAGAGUGUCCUCGGCCGGUUUACAAAGGAAAAUGAAAAACUCAAUCUGAAGUUGGACGAGGAGAAGAAAAAACUGGAGGAUCUUCAAUUUCGAAUGGCGGAAGAGACAAUCGACAAGUCAACUUUAGAAUGUAAAUCGGCGGAUGAUGAUUCACGAAUUUUCGAGCUUGAAGAGGCCUUGGCGACUGCACGUGAUGCUAACGAGGCUGCCGAAGCUGAACUUGCAAAACUUCGUGAUGAACUUAUUAAGGCUGUACAGACUACCGAGACUGGGGUUGCCACGGAGCCGACGACUGCCGAUGAUGGUCCUAAAGAGUCAGAAGAUUUAGCUCCAGAACUCAGGGGUGGCGAUGAAGAGAAGCAAGAUCUUCAGUCGGCAGGAGAACUGGAAACGCAUCUGCAAGAACAGAUCCAAGAACUAAAAGCUCAAGUUCAGGUUCGCACAUAA